GAAAAGUCCGUUUCGACAACAACACAGAAGUUCAGCUUUCUGUCACGUUGUAAUGGGGUCAACAACACCAUUUUUCUCUUUUUAAGCAACAUAUCUGUCUCUUACGACACUAUUGGCAUAUCUGCGUAUGGCAAUAUUUAUUCGCUGACAUUUGAGAAGCGUUUAAUUAGCAAAAGAGGUUUGAACACAUCAUAGAACCUAACGCCAGGGGUAUUUUACCGUGACAUUGGCUGCAAACUGUUGUCACGAUGGUUCUUCAAAAUAGUGGAAAAUACAAAUCAGAGCGCGGACAAAAGGGUGACCAGGAUAACCAACAGGAUGAUGGGUCAUCCAUGUCGGCCGUCAAACGGCUGGAGCGUAUUCAUUUCACCGACGAGAUGGAUAACCGCUUUGGAUUCGAAAGAAUGAAAGACCCAGGAGAAAAAACCGGUUGGCUGAUCAACAUGCACCCUGCUGAAAUCCUGGACGAUGACAAGAGAAUGGUCAGUGCUGUUGACUAUUACUUCAUCCAGGACGACGGCCGCAGGUUCAAGGUGGCCCUUCCAUUCAAACCCUACUUUUACAUAGCCACCAAAAAGAACUGUGAGAGGGAGGUUAUUUCUUUUAUAUCCAAGAAGUACCAAGGGAAGGUGGCAAAGCUUGAGGUAGUUCCCAAGGAAGACCUGGAUCUGCCUAAUCAUCUGGUUGGCCUGAAGAGGACCUACAUCAAGCUGUCUUUUACCACCGUGGACGACCUCACCAAGGUCAAGCGGGAGAUAUCUCCGGCCGUGCGCAAGAACAGAGAGAGGGAGAAGUCGAACGAGACCUACACCUCCAUGCUGUCAAGUGCCUUGGCAGGUGGCAGCGUCGGGACCGGCGAGGAAGAUGGCAUGUCCAAGAAAAUCUCCGACCAGAUGGACAACAUAGUGGACAUGAGGGAGUACGACGUGCCCUACCAUGUCCGCCUCUCCAUCGACCUCAAAAUCCACGUGGCUCACUGGUACAACGUGAGGUACCGAGGCAGCGCCUACCCUCCUGAGAUAGUGCGGAGAGACGACCUGGUGGAGCGACCUGAUCCGGUGGUUCUGGCCUUUGACAUUGAGACCACCAAACUGCCUCUCAAGUUCCCGGACGCAGAGACCGACCAGAUUAUGAUGAUCUCCUACAUGAUCGAUGGCCAGGGCUACCUGAUCACCAACAGAGAGAUCGUCUCAGAGGACAUCGAGGACUUUGAGUUCACUCCCAAACCAGAGUACGAGGGGCCGUUCACUGUCUUCAAUGAGCCUGAUGAGGCCGGUCUCAUCCAGAGAUGGUUCGAGCAUGUCCUGGAAACCAAGCCAAACAUCUUUGUCACGUACAACGGAGACUUCUUUGAUUGGCCCUUCGUGGAGACAAGGGCUGCUCACCAUGGACUCAACAUGUAUAAUGAGAUCGGCUUCCAGAAGGACAACCAGGGGGAGUACAAGGCCACGCAAGCCAUACACAUGGACUGCUACCGGUGGGUGAAGAGAGACAGCUACCUGCCGGUGGGCAGCCAAAACCUGAAGGCGGCCGCCAAGGCCAAGCUGAGCUACGACCCCGUGGAGCUGGACCCUGAGGAGAUGUGCCGCAUGGCCACCGAGGAGCCCCAGACUUUGGCCACCUACUCUGUGUCUGACGCCGUGGCAACGUAUUAUCUGUACAUGAAAUAUGUUCAUCCCUUCAUCUUCGCUCUCUGCACCAUCAUUCCGAUGGAGCCUGACGAGGUGCUGCGUAAGGGAUCAGGGACGCUGUGUGAGGCUCUGCUCAUGGUGCAGGCCUUCCACGCCAACAUCGUGUUCCCCAACAAGCAGGAGCAGGUCUUCAACAAGAUGACGGACAACGGCCACGUCCUGGACUCGGAGACUUACGUCGGGGGCCACGUGGAGGCCCUGGAGUCCGGGGUGUUCCGCAGCGACAUCCCCUGCCGCUUUAAAAUGAACCCGGCUGCGUUCGACUUCCUGCUCCAGCGCGUGGAGCGCACGCUCCGCCACGCCAUCGAGGAGGAGGAGAAGAUCCCCCUGGAGCAGGUCACCAACCUGAACGAGGUGUGCGACGAGAUCAAGAAGAAGCUGAUCUCUCUGAAGGAGGUUCCCAACAGGAUCGAGUGCCCCCUCAUUUACCAUCUGGACGUGGGAGCCAUGUACCCCAACAUCAUCCUUACCAACAGACUUCAGCCGUCGGCCAUGGUGGACGAGGCCACGUGCGCCGCCUGCGACUUCAACAAGCCCGGCGCCACCUGUCAGAGGAAGAUGGCGUGGCAGUGGAGGGGCGAGAUCAUGCCCGCCAGCCGCAGUGAGUUCCACCGUAUCCAGCAGCAGCUGGAGUCUGAGAAGUUCCCGCCGUUCUUCCCCAACGGCCGGCCCCGUGCCUUCCACCAGCUCAACCGCGAGGAGCAGGCGCGCCACGAGAAGAAACGUCUGGGAGACUACUGCAAGAGAGCCUACAAGAAGGUGCACCAGACCAAGCUGGAGGAAAGGGUCACCACCAUCUGCCAGAGAGAGAACUCCUUCUAUGUGGACACCGUGAGAGCAUUCAGGGACCGCAGAUAUGAGUUCAAGGGGCUUCACAAGGUGUGGAAGAAGAAGCUGUCUGCUGCCCAGGACAGUGGAGACGCAGUGGAGGUGAAGCGCUGUAAGAACAUGGAGAUCCUCUAUGACUCCCUGCAGCUGGCCCACAAGUGUAUCCUCAACUCCUUCUACGGCUACGUCAUGAGGAAGGGGGCUCGCUGGUACUCCAUGGAGAUGGCUGGGAUCGUGUGCUACACCGGAGCCAACAUCAUCACCCAAGCUAGGGAGAUCAUUGAACAGAUAGGGAGGCCCUUGGAGUUGGACACUGACGGGAUCUGGUGCGUGUUGCCCAACACCUUCCCCGAGAACUUUGUGAUCAAGACGAGCAACGAGAAGAAACCCAAGGUGACCAUCUCGUACCCGGGGGCCAUGCUGAACAUCAUGGUGAAGGAGGGCUUCACCAACGAGCAGUACCAGGAGCUGGUGGACCCCGCCUCUCUGACCUACGAGACACGGGCGGAGAACAGCAUCUUCUUCGAGGUGGAUGGGCCCUACCUGGCCAUGAUCCUGCCCGCCUCCAAGGAGGAGGGGAAGAAGCUGAAGAAGAGGUAUGCGGUGUUCAAUGAGGAUGGCUCCCUGGCCGAGCUGAAGGGCUUCGAGGUGAAGAGGAGGGGGGAGCUGCAGCUCAUCAAGAUCUUCCAGUCGUCCGUGUUCGAGGCCUUCCUCAAGGGCACCACCCUGGAUGAGGUGUACGCUUCCGUGGCCAAGGUGGCCGAUUACUGGCUGGACGUGCUCUACAGCAAGGCGGCUAACAUGCCUGACGCCGAGCUGUUCGAGCUGAUCUCGGAGAAUCGCUCCAUGUCCAGGAAGCUGGAGGACUACGGAGAGCAGAAGUCCACCUCCAUCAGCACGGCCAAGCGCCUGGCGGAGUUCCUGGGGGACCAGAUGGUGAAGGACGCCGGGCUGAGCUGUCGCUACAUCAUCUCCCGCAAGCCAGAGGGCGCCCCCGUCACAGAGAGGGCCAUCCCCCUGGCCAUCUUCCAGGCAGAGCCCAGCGUCAAGAAGCACUUCCUGCGCAAGUGGCUGAAGACGCCCAGCCUCCACGACCUGGACAUCCGCACUAUCCUUGACUGGAACUAUUACAUAGAGAGGCUGGGCAGUGCCAUCCAGAAGAUCAUAACCAUCCCAGCUGCUCUGCAGCAGGUGAAGAACCCUGUUCCCAGAAUUCGCCACCCAGACUGGCUCCACAAGAAGCUGCUGGAGAAGAACGACAUCUACAAGCAGAAGAAGAUCAGCGAGCUCUUCACCAGCGAAGGGAAGAGACAGGUGGCCCACCAGCCCCUGGGGGAGGGGCAGGCAGCAGACAUGGAGGACUUCGGACAGGCCCCGCGGCCCCUGCAGCCAGCCAUCCUGAUCAGCACCAAGCGCAGGCGUCCGUCCCAGGGGGAGGAUAGCCAGGUGGAGUCCCAGGACACGGAGCUCACCCAGUCCUGGAGGGAGAUCCUGGGGGCUCCCCCUCCCAUGGGGGACACACAGGAGGAGCGCCUGGUGUGGCUGCGCUACCACAAGAAGAAGUGGGAGCUGCAGCUGAAGCAGAGGAAGGAGAGGAGGAAGAGGAGGAGGCUGCUGGACGGCCAGCCGCAGCCCGUGGGCGGAGGCCUGAUCAGGGACGGACCCACCACCGGCUUGGGGGGCUUCCUGCGCAAGACGGCCCGCAGCGUGCUGGACAUGCCCUGGCAGGUCGUACAGAUCGCAGAGACCAGCCACCCAGGCCUGUACAAGCUGUGGGCUGUGAUCGGCAACGACCUCCACUGUAUGAAGCUCAACAUCCCCAGGGUGUUCUACGUCAACCAGAAGGUCCCCAAGCAGGAGGAGGGAGCCACCUACAAGAAGGUGAACAGGAUGCUGCCUCGCUCCAACAUGGUGUACUUCCUGUACCAGUACUCUGUGCCUGAGGACAUGUACCAGCAGAACAUCAACGAGAUCAACGCCGACCUCUCCGCCCCGGACAUUGAGGGCGUCUACGAGACCCAGGUGCCCCUGCUGUUCCGAGCGCUGGUCCAGCUGGGCUGCAUGUGCAUGGUCAACAAGCAGGUGGUGAGGGACCUGGCAGGCCGGGAAGCCGACACCUUCGACCUGGAGCACCUGGAGAUGAGGUCACUGGCCCAGUUCAGCUACCUGGAGCCCGGAAGUGUUCGUCACAUCUACCUGUAUCACCACAGCCAGGGGCACAAGGCUCUGUUUGGCCUGUUCAUCCCCUCUCAGCGCAAGGCCAGCGUCUUCGUCCUGGACACGGUCCGCAGCAACCAGAUGCCCAACCUGAGCUCUGUGUACGGGGUGGAGCGCUCCGCCCUCCUGGAGAAGACCAGCGAGGACCUGCUGCCCCCUGAGAAGCACAGCUUCGAGGUGCGGGCGGAGAGCGACGUCAAGGCCAUCCACCGCGCCCUGCAGCGCAUCCUGCUCAACUACAAGGAGGAACACCGGGGCCCCACUCUGGUGGCGGUGCAGUCGAACUGGGAGCUGCGGCGUCUGGCAGCGGGCAUGCCGGUGCUGGAGGAGUUCCCGGUGGUGCCGGUACACGUGGUGGACGAGAUCAGCUACAACGUGCUGGACUGGCAGAGGCACGGGGCCCGCCGCAUGCUGCGACACUACCUCAACCUGGACAGCUGCCUGUCACAGGCCUUCGACAUGGCCAGGUACUACCACCUGCCUGUGGGGAACCUGCCACAAGACGUGUCCAUCUUUGGCUCGGACCUGUUUCUGGCCAGACACCUGCGCAAGCACAACCACCUGCUGUGGCUGUCCCCCACGUCCAGGCCCGACCUGGGGGGCAAGGAGGCCGACGACAGCCGCCUGGUCAUGGAGAGCGACGACAGGGGCUCUGUGGAGAUCAACGCUCAGGGCUGCUACUCCACAGUGUGUGUGGAGCUGGACCUCCAGAGCCUGGCGGUGAACACCAUCCUGCAGUCCCAGCACGUCAACGACAUGGAGGGGGGCGCCAGCCUGGGCGUCAGCUUCGACGUCAUCCAGCAGGCCUCCCUGGAGGAGAUGAUGUCCGGGAACCAGGGUGCCAGCGCCGUGGCCAGCUACGACGAGACGGCGCUCUGCUCCAACACCUUCAGGAUCCUGAAGAGCAUGGUGGUCGGCUGGGUGCGGGAGAUCACCCAGUACCACAACGUCUACGCGGACAACCAGGUGAUGCACUUCUACCGCUGGCUGCGUUCCCCCAGCUCUCUGCUCUAUGACCCCGCCCUCCACCGCACCCUCCACAACAUGAUGAAGAAGGUCUUCCUGCAGCUGGUGGCAGAGUUCAAGAGGCUGGGCUCCACGGUAGUGUACGGGAACUUCAACAGAAUCAUCUUGUGUACCAAGAAACGCAGGAUCGACGAUGCUAUCGGCUACGUGGAGUACAUCACCAACAGUAUUCACUCCAGGGAGAUUUUCCACUCCUUGUCCAUCUCGUUCUCCCGGUGCUGGGAGUUCAUCCUGUGGAUGGAUCCUUCCAACUUUGGAGGGGUGAAGGGAAAGCUGCCCUCCAGCCUUCUUUAUGGAGAGGACGGAGCGACCCGGAAGAAGAGGAAGGGAAAAGAGGAGGGAGAGGAGGGGGACAGCGAGGAGGAGGAGGAGGAUGGGGAUCAGCAGGAGGAGGAAGAUGGAGACGGGGAGACAGACGAGGUGGAGGAGAUGAUAGAGAGUAGCUGGAACAUCAUGCAGUACCUGCCCCAGACUGCCUCCUGCCAGAAGUACUUCCUCAUGAUCGUCUCAGCCUACAUCGCUGCGGUCUACCACAGCAUGAGGGAGGAGCUUAGACGCAACGCUCCCGGAGCCACGCCCAUCAAGAGGCGGGGUGGAAGCCAGGCGUCGCAGCCAGCAGGAGACCUGAGUGCACUUCCUGGUAUGAUCUCCUUCUCCCAGGAGUACGUGGCCAGCGAGCUGACCCAGAACUUCUUCACCAUCACCCAGAAGAUCCAGAAGAAGGUGACUGGAACAAGGAGUGGAGCCCAGCCCUCAGAGAUGUUCCCCGUCCUGCCUGGCUCCCACCUGCCUCUCUCCAACCCUGCCCUGGAGUUCAUCAAAUACGUGUGCCAGGUCCUCUCCCUAGACGGCAACGUUGUGAACCAGGUGAACAAGCUGAAGAGGGACCUGCUCCGUCUGGUGGACGUGGGCGAGUUCUCCGAGCAGAGCCAGUUCCGCGACCCCUGCAACUCCUACAUCCUGCCGGAGGUCAUCUGCCACCAGUGCAACUUCUGCCGCGACCUCGACCUCUGCAAGGACCCCACUGUGGGCCAGGAUGGCUCCAUCCUGCCCCACUGGUUCUGCUCUAACUGCCAGACCCAGUAUGAGACUGAGUCCAUCGAGAUGUCGCUGGUGGACGCCCUGCAGAAGAAGCUGAUGAGCUACACUCUGCAGGACCUGGUGUGUUCCAAGUGUAAGGGAGUGAAGGAGGCCAACAUGCCUGUAUACUGCAACUGUGCUGGAGACUUCACCCUCACGUUCCCCACAAAGAGCUUGUCCGAGCAGAUCAGAGUGUUCCGGAGCAUCGCGGGUCACUACAGCAUGAGCUUCCUGGAGGAGACCAUCGAUUGGCUGCUCUCCAUGAGCCCGCAGAUCAGCGAGACGACGACACACUGACGGGAACGUCGACCGCUGCCUGUGACCCUUCUGAGGAGGAUCCUGGACCACACUCUGACACGGAGAGGCGCCCAGGAGCGCCGGUCAACAUGGCCGAUCAGCGCGCGUCGCUAAACUUGAUCAUCUGCGUGAUUGUUCUGAUGAAGCGCAGAUCGUGCUUCUUUGCUUUUUUUCUGUUGAUGUCACACAUUAUGUACUGUUCUACUAAGACAAGUCAUUGUAAAUAUAGUGAUUUUUUACAGAAAAGCUGAAAAGGAUGAUGCUAAGAAGAGAUCAUUGUUUCCCUUUUGUCAAUAAAUAUUUUUGUAUGUGG